UCUGUACUUUGUACAACUGUCAUGUAACAGUUGUUUUAUUGAACAGGUUUUGAAUUAUUUUUUAAACGUACACUUCAGAUUUUCUAUAAAUAAAAGUGACGAUUUUUGGGGGGUUUGAAAAUGCGCAUUGUCCUUGGUUGAUCGCGACCGUCGGGAAGAAUAAUUGAGUUAUGAAUGUUUUGGAGGUUGGACGAAAUAGGUAAAAAGGGUCGGGGCGACGGCACAAUCUCUUGCAUCGCCUUUGUUCCAAUGUUCGCAAGUUGAUAUCUGGCAGUUACGCGCGAACACCGCUCAGUUGGGCAGCGUCGCUCUCGCAUCAAAGUUUCGUGCGAGCGAGACCGGGAAAAAGUAAUUAGUUUGUCGGCUGCGACUUUUUUUUCGUGUGCGCCACAAAAGGCUUCCCUUGUGUUAAGUUGCUGACAGUGCAUUAGGUUCUCGUAAAAUGGGAGUGGUAGUGAGUUACUUUAAUCCCAAUGGGAAUAGAAAGGAUGAUCCUGAUCCCGUGACAGGACUGACGUCCCAGGACAAGACACUGAUUAAGACAUCCUGGGCCAAGUUACGCGCUGACACGACCGCAAGCGGAGUGAAAAUUUUUUUGACUCUGUUUCAGCAUGAGCCCGGUUAUCAGAAGCUCUUUCCCUUCAGAGAUGUACCAAAGGAUCAAUUGAAGCAGAACAAGAGAUUUUUGGCGCAUUGUAACAGUUUUAUGUAUGGAUUCUCGUCAUUGGUGGAUAAUGUCGGUGAUGCUGAUAUUUUAAUUGAGUUGUUGAAAAAACAGGGUGAAGCUCAUAAGCCCAGAGGUGUUGAAGCCAGAGCUUACGAUGUUGUGGAGAAUGUUCUAAUUGAAAUUUUGGAGAAGGAUUUCGACCAACAAACAGUAGAAGCGUGGAAAAAAGGGUUGAAAGUUAUGCUUAAGGUUAUUGUAGAAGGAGCUAAUUAUUAAUUAAUUGUUUAUGAAAUUAUCUUAUAGUAUUUUGUCAGUAUUGCAUAUAACUUUAUAUUAAAGAAACUAUUUUAAAUGUUCACUUUAAUAAAUAGAAAAUAAAGAUUUGUUACACUAA